AUGCCAAAGAAGCAUCAGCAGCGAGCGCUCUUGACCAAGCCACAGUCCAGCACUCCGCACACCCUCUCUCUGUCCAAAUCCUCCGCAUCUACAAGCCAGAAUGCAAGGCCGCAACGUACGGUCAAUGAUCUCAUUCGCGAAUCCCGUCGACUUCAGAUAAGGAAUGAACCACGACCUCCUCCCGCUUCGACUGCCUCAUCAAUACCCCCUGCUCUCAGACAGGUCCUCGACAUCCCUUCCCCUCCGCCUCCAGCACCGCGGGUCGGGUCGAGAUUGGGCGGACCCAGCCGUCUACGGCGGAUUCCAGGGCCUCCUCCACCGAGAAGCUGGCUUGCGGACAGUAUCCAUGCCUCAAAGGAGUUUGGAUGGGUGGCUGCCGAUGACAGUAACCGGCGCGUUCAGGUUCGAAGCAGCAAUCUGCCCGAAGGCGCUUUCCCUCCCCCGGGUUCCCUACAAGACUUGGUCUUGAAGAAAAUCGCGACUGAUUGGGGCUGGCAUGCGGAACACGAUUGUGACUACUUGGGUCUUCUACCAAAAAAUCUGAAAGAGACAUUGCUGAGCUACAUCGCGGUCUACAAUGAAGCUGUUGUCAAUCCACUCAAGCCUUUGUUUCUGGAUGAUAUCGAACAAGAAGAGCGUGACGAAGUGCGCCGGUUGGACCUCAGCAAUGGCUUGGGAGUGUGGGCUACGAUGAAACAGCUUGAAAGAGAUCUCUUUACCAGACAUGCCUUAAUGGCAUCUGGAAAGUCGGGACCACCCGCCGCUGCUUCUUCAUCUAUUCUCGCUCCUGAGAGCUGGGACGCCGAUAAUGACAGCGACGAAGCAACAAGCACGACAUUCACAAUAGGGCCCCAAAUUGUGCCCAACUUCUUGAAUUUGAAACAUCUGUCCCUGGCUAUGUCGCCGACCAACUCGAAAGUGGCUUCGUGGACUUCGCUGCUAUCUCUGGCCGCUGAGCUUCGGACACUGACGUCUCUUUCGUUGGCAUAUUGGCCACAGCCCACCUUCACACCUCUAGCUGCAUCCACAAGAGCUGUGGUUGACGUCCCAGGCUCAAGGCCGGUGAUUUAUGGCGGGUCUGAUGUUUACACGUCGUAUGAUAACAACUGGAGGGAGGCUGCGGGGAUACUGCGAACCUUGAGCAGAUCGUUAUAUUGCUUGAAGUGGCUGGAUCUCACAGGGUGUGGGGACUGGUUUGCCGCACUGCAAUGGACGGGCUCUUCCCUUGGAGCCUCGAACUCCGAGAGACUUGGACCCGAGUGGAACGGUGGAUGGAGAGGACUGGAAACACUUGUCCUUGAAGUCGGCUGGAGGCCGGUUCUGCCGGCAGUUGAUGCCAAGCCUAUACAGCUGGAUCAACCAGCGUGGGACGUCGAGACCGAGCGCAAAUUGUAUCGAUACAAUAAGGAGCGCGAGCGUUUUGUUGAAAUCCGGAGCACCGCGCAGUCCGUGGCAAGGUAUUUGCGAUCACUCCGAAAGGCGUCUGGAGGGAAGUGGAUUCAGGUUGAGUAUGGCGAGGAUUUGACAUAG